CCAAUAAGCGAUUACCCUGGUGGAGGACGGAACGAAGGCAAGGGAAGUCCAGCGACGACGAACACGAUGCCGCCCCACCGUGCCGGAGGGGCCGCAGGCGGCGGUGACACGAGCGCGUUCUUCGCGGCGACGCUAGUGCUCUGGGCUGUGUCUGUGGGGUUCGAGAUCGGCGUCCGGGGGCGACGCGAGCUGGCGCCCGUGGCCGCCGGCUUCGCCUUCUUCCAGGCCGCCAACGCCGCGGUCCGCGGCUCGGUCUCACGCGACCCGCUCUUCGUCAACACCGCCGUAUCGCUCCUCCACUCCUCCCUCACAUCCGUCUCCGUUAUCUUUGUUCUUGUCAAUCAAUGGCGUAAUAAGGGCCUUGAGAACAUGUUUGAGCAUGAAGAACUAUUUGGUGGCAGUUGGAUUGGAGCAUAUUCUGCUUUGUGCUUUUCUUGUGGCUACUUUGCAUAUGACCAACUGGACAUGCUCCGUUACCGGCUGUACAAUGGAUGGAUUCCUGGAAUUCUCAUGCAUCACUUGAUCCUACUCAUUUGCUUUACACUAGCUCUGUAUAGGAAUGUCACAAUCAACUACCUAAUUCUCUCCCUUGUAUGCGAGCUGCACUCCAUAUUUUUGCAUGUAAGGAAAGUGAGGCGAAUGGUUGGAUUUCGAGAUUUCGACAGAACAAUGGUGAAGCUGGAAUGGUUACUCAACUGGACUACCUUUGUGACAGCAAGGGUGAUAUGUCAUAUCUUGAUAACUUACAAGCUCGUCGCUGAUGCUCACAAAUUUGGGAAGGGCAUUGAGCUUCCACUAGCUCUUCUUGGUAUGGCAGGAAUGAAUCUGCUCAACAUAUUUCUAGGGCUUGAUCUACUUAAAGCAUUCACACGAGAAAGAAACCAGCAGAGCCAUCAGGAUUGAAUGUGCUUUUCUUGAUGGUGGUGUACUCAAAAUUUUGAGAAGGCUGUAGUUCCGUUCAAGUAGGGCAGAGAGAUAUGUUUAAGUCUUAAUUAGCAACUACACUGGAGGCAAUUUUUGUAUGCAUUCUUUAUGUAUACCAAAAUGUACUAAUGCUAAGAUCUCUACCAGAAAGGGUUGUUGCUAGUAUUUUCAUCCAUGUAGGUAUAAUAUUCAUUAGCAGAAUGCAGGCGGGUACCUGGAUGCAGGAUUUACAUACAUAUUGCAAUUAGAAAGAAGUGUGUCAAAACCUUUGGUCUCAACUCCCUAACCUCAUGUAAAGUAAACCCGAAAGCAAAACCUUGUGGAUUGGCCCUGUGAGGCUACAAUGCUCUUAUUUAUCUUUUUAAUAGUUGAUAAUUUCUUGCUGCAAAGCAAA